AUGCUUAUUGAUCGGCCAUUUGCGGAUGGCACCACAGUUUUACGUUUCAAAAAUUUCACAAGUGCUAAGGGCAUUUUAUGGGAAUCAGGUGACCGUUGUCAGGACACAGAAAAUUAUGUUUCAGUAGCAGGUAAUUUUUUUUCUUAA